UCAUUCUCCCAAGGCGACCAAAAAGAGAAAUGAGAGCGUGCCGUUCAUCGGGAUGGCAUCGAUAUGCAUUCUCUCCGUGAUUCAAAGGUUGUGGCUGCCGUUUUCGGAACGCAAGCGGCUGAAUAUGCCUCCGUUUUGACAGACCCGUCACAUGACUGGAAGGAUCAUCACGGCAUCGAGAUUCGACUGCGUGGUCACCGUUGUCUUAUCGAAGAAGCCAUCCUUCCCUUUGUCCCGACUCCGACGCAUGCGCCAACAUCGGUGACGUCAGCGGCCUCGGACCUUCCAAAGGCUAUAAGAAGCUGCGUACCUCCGUCGAACUUCAGUGGGCCAGGCAGCGGCACUCCGGGCGAAAUGCUCACCAAACCAUUCGUCUUUGUGGUGCAGUGUUACCCGGAUGUUGGGGAAUGGUACCUCAUGUUCAGGAACUAUUACGAGGACCCAGACUUUGGCGGAGUAGAAGAAUGCGUGAGGUUUCGAACAUUCGGAACAUACUCGCACGAAAACUACACCACUUCUGUGGAGUUCGUCAUCGGCAACGAAGGCUCGAUGUAA